AUGCUCCCAUCCUAUGUUCGAGCCGUACCGAAUGGUAAGGAAUUUGGCGACUUUUUGGCGUUGGAUCUUGGUGGAACAAAUUUCCGUGUGCUGCUAAUUCGUCUCAAAGGCAAAGAAGCGGAAAUGAUUGGAAAAAUCUUUCGAGUACCGGAAAGUGUGAUGAGGGGGUCCGGAGAAGCGGCUGAAAUAUUCUUUUAUAGCGCAAAACUCAUCACCUGGACUAAGGGCUUUAAUGCUAGCGGAGUAGAGGGCUCAGACGUUGUUUCUAUGCUCAGGGAUGCAUGCAAGCGAAGAGAGGACAUCGAUAUCGAUGUAGUUGCCGUUUUGAAUGACACUGUUGGUACAUUGAUGGCAUGUGCGUUCAAAGAAAAUAGCUGCCAGAUGAUCAUCAACACCGAAUGGGGAGCGUUUGGUGAUGAUGGCGCUUUGGACUCGAUACGGACAGAUUUUGACAAAGCA